AUGCAUGACAUUUUAGAGGGUGUGUUGCAAUAUGAAACAAGGGGGAUGUUGAAAAACUUUAUCAAAGUGGAACAUUACCUCACAUUGAAGAUCCUGAAUGAUCGAAUUGCCAAAUAUGACUUUGGAUAUUACAAUGACACCAACAAACCAUCACCAAUAACUGAAGCAAAGUUUUCAUCAAAUGACAACAGUCUAAAACAACAUGGUUAGUUGUACAGUUGCAAUGUACUUUCAUACUGUAUUUUAAAUUGAUUACAUGAAUGAUAAUGUAUUUCCACACUUAUUCCAGCUGUCCAGAUGUGGUGCUUGGCAACACACAUACCACUCAUAAUUGGAGAUUUAAUUCCACUUGAAAACGUCCGGUGGAUUCUUUAUCUAAAGCUAUUAGAGAUCAUAUCACUUUGUUUUGCACCUGUUAUAUCAAAGGAUCAAGUUGCCUAUCUGCAGGUUCUUAUCAAUGACCACCAUCACAAAUUUAGAGAGCUUUAUCCAGAAUGCAGUAGUAUUCCGAAAAUGCAUUUCAUGGUACAUAUGCCAACUGCCACGAUGAGGUAACAUAGGACAUUUCAUAAACAUUUCAGGAUCCUACCAGAACUAAAAAAAAGUUCCAGCCGGAACGGAACUUAGACUAAUAUAUGCAUAUUAUUUGACGUACCUCUUACUGUGUUGUUGGUGAAGCCAAAGACCAGUUUCUUUGUGCAACUUUCAGCAUUUUGAAAUUUAUGCGUUUUUUCUGCAGGAGUUAGAUAAAAUGUAACAUUUAAAUUUUAUCAUCUUUAUGUGAUGCUGUGAUGCAUACUUUAUAUGAAAACCAACAGGAAUAUGAAUGCGGAUCUCUGUUCCCUGUCUUUUUCAUAAAUAAACUAUUCUAUAAUAUAAUUAAAUUCUUUUCCCCUCAAAACAAGAUAGUUCCAGUUCCAGCCAUGCUUUUUUAUUAGUUCCGGCCCGGAACCGGAAACCCUAGAACAUCAGGGUUCCGGCCAGAACUAACCGGCUGGAAUUGAGAUUCAGUGCACCUCUAGCUUAGACUUUGUUUUGUAUUGAUCACAAUACAGUACAUUUCCCUUUUCAUGCUUGACUUUCACUACUUCAAAAAAUUGCACUUUCGCAAAAACAGUAAAACAUAUAAAUAUUCAUAUAUCAUCAAAUCUGGUAUAUUGUACAAUUAUUGCCCAGAAUAUGAAUCUUAUUUUCUCAUUACCAGAAACAUAUUAUUCUUCAAAACAUUUAGAAUGGGACCUCUGGUACGAGCUUGGUGCAUGCGAUUUGAAGCAAAACACCAUUACUUCAAAAAGUUGAGCACUGUGAUUGGAAACUACACCAAUUUACCUUUUACUUUGGCUAUGUGGCACCAACAAUGGCUGUGCUACCAGUUACAAUCUGCUAACCAUGAAUCAGGAUUCCUUGAGAAAGGCGUUGAAGUUGGACCAGGUACUGGUUCUAUGCUCUUUCCAUUAACUGUAAUACAGAUACCCACAUAUCUAAUAACUACUAGUAACUAGUGCACAUCAUUGGAUCAAGAAGAAUCUUUCUGAUAUACUUAGAUGCUAUUUGUGUUGUCAUUGUAGGUUCAACAUUCUGUGCCGGAGAUCUUGAUUACUAUAAUUUACUAGAAGAGCAGGAAUUUGGUAUAGAUCAGACUACUAAUAUUACCAA